GUUGACGUAAUCUCUUCGGUAAACCAAGGCAAUCUAUCAAUUCUCCUUUUCGCCUGUGUGCAGAUAGACGGUUCGCCCUUUAUCUAUAGUGGAAAGUAAUCUUGUCAAGAAUUCACUGGUCGCAAUCACAGCUCCAUCCGGCGGAGGAUACCGCUAUAAUGGGUGUUUUUCGCGAAAGUGGACUUUAUAACAGUUGUCGUGCUCGUAGAUUCUGAUAAGAAAAAAACACCACAUUUUGACGCCCGCUAGCUAACGUUACUUCUCGCCACUGUCCCGUGGUGUUGGUGUUGUCUUGGUGAGAGUCUUCAAACGAGGGAUAUACAAAGAAUCUAGCUGGGAGACAGACCUAAACCGCCAACAUGUCUGGGGCGUCUGUAAAAGUCGCUGUUCGAGUUCGGCCCUUCAACUCCAGGGAGAUGAGCAAGGAGUCAAAAUGUAUAAUUCAGAUGCAAGGCAACACAACAACUAUUCUCAACCCCAAAGCCCCAAAGGAACCAGCAAAGACCUUCAGUUUUGAUUACUCCUACUGGUCGCACACUACGCCGGAAGACCCCUGCUUUGCAUCACAGAACCUUGUGUACAAUGACAUUGGAAAAGAAAUGCUGGCGCAUGCUUUUGAAGGCUACAAUGUCUGCAUCUUCGCUUAUGGCCAGACAGGAGCUGGCAAAUCCUACACUAUGAUGGGCAAGCAGGAGGAGGGGCAAGAAGGAAUCAUUCCCAUGCUCUGUGAAGAUCUAUUUGAGAAAAUCAAUGAUGACUGCAACAAAGAAGAGCUCUCCUACUCAGUAGAGGUCAGUUACAUGGAGAUCUACUGUGAGCGGGUGCGAGAUUUGCUCAAUCCCAAGAACAAAGGGAACCUGCGAGUGCGAGAACACCCGCUGCUGGGCCCCUACGUGGAGGACCUAUCCAAGCUAGCCGUCACCUCCUAUACAGACAUUGCUGACCUAAUGGACGCAGGCAACAAGGCCAGAACUGUGGCUGCCACCAACAUGAACGAGACCAGCAGCAGGUCCCAUGCUGUUUUCACCAUCGUCUUCACACAGAGGAAACACGACAGCGAGACAGACCUCUCCACAGAAAAGGUCAGUAAAAUUAGUCUGGUAGACUUGGCAGGGAGUGAACGAGCAGAUUCCACUGGAGCUAAAGGCACCAGGCUAAAGGAGGGAGCAAACAUCAACAAAUCUCUCACCACGUUAGGAAAGGUUAUCUCUGCCCUGGCUGAAGUGGAUAACUGUACCAGCAAGAGCAAGAAGAAGAAGAAGACUGACUUCAUCCCAUACAGAGACUCAGUCCUGACAUGGCUGCUGAGGGAGAACCUGGGUGGAAACUCCAGAACAGCUAUGGUAGCUGCCCUCAGUCCUGCAGAUAUCAACUAUGACGAAACUCUCAGCACACUCCGCUAUGCCGACCGAGCCAAGAACAUCAAAUGCAAUGCUGUCAUCAAUGAGGAUCCCAACAAUAAGUUGGUGCGUGAACUGAAGGACGAAGUGGCUCGACUGAAGGAGCUGCUCCGUGCCCAGGGCCUGGGAGACAUCCUGGACAUUGAUCCUAUGGGGGAUGAUUGCCCAGGAAGUGGAAUCAAAUACCUCAAAGACAUUCAGAACAAUAAGCAUAGAUACUUGGUUGCCUCAGAGAACCAACGCCCUGGCCAUUUCUCCACAGCCCCUAUUGGUUCCCUGACAGCCUCUCCAUCCUCUGGCUCACUGUGCAGUCAGGGGGGCCUGCAGUCGGUCAGCAGCAUCCAGGAGCGCAUCAUGUCCACACCUGGAGGAGAGGAGGCCAUUGAAAGACUCAAGGAAUCAGAAAAGAUCAUUGCCGAGCUCAAUGAAACCUGGGAAGAAAAACUGCGAAAGACUGAGGCAAUCCGCAUGGAGAGGGAGGCCUUGCUUGCAGAGAUGGGUGUGGCCAUCCGUGAAGAUGGAGGCACUUUGGGCGUAUUCUCUCCUAAAAAGACUCCACACUUGGUUAACCUGAAUGAGGAUCCUCUUAUGUCCGAGUGUCUGCUCUACUACAUCAAAGAUGGAAUUACAAGGGUGGGUCAGGCCGAUGCUGAAAGACGACAAGACAUUGUUUUAAGUGGUGCUCAUAUCAAGGAAGAGCACUGCAUCUUCCGCAGCGAGAGGAAUGCCAAUGGAGACGUUAUUGUCAUGCUGGUGCCCUGUGAGGGAUCAGAAACCUACGUCAAUGGCAAGCGCGUUGAAGAUGCAAUCCAGCUUCGCUCAGGUAACCGUAUCAUUAUGGGAAAGAACCAUGUGUUCCGGUUCAACCACCCAGAACAGGCCAGAGCUGAAAGGGAGAAGACGCCAUCUGCCGAAACCCCUGUGGAGCCGGUGGAUUGGACCUUUGCUCAGAGAGAGCUUCUGGAGAAGCAGGGCAUUGACAUGAAGCAGGAAAUGGAGAAAAGGCUCACUGAGAUGGAAAUCUUGUACAAGAAGGAGAAAGAAGAAGCCGACCAACUUCUGGAGCAACAGCGACUGGUUUACGAGAGCAAAUUGCAGGAGCUUCAGAAACAGGUGGAGACGCGUUCGCUGGUAGCUGAGACACCUGAUGAAGAAGAGCUGGAGGAGGAGGAGGAAGAGGAAGAGCCUAAACUACUUGGAUUGCCAUGGACUCAGCAUGAGUUUGAGCUGGCACAGUGGGCCUUCAGGAAGUGGAGGUAUCAUCAGUUCACCUCCCUCCGUGACCAGCUGUGGGGAAAUGCUGUCUACCUAAAGGAGGCCAAUGCCAUUAGUGUGGAGCUGAAGAAGAAAGUCCAGUUCCAGUUUGUCUUGCUGACAGACACGCUGUACUCUCCGCUGCCCCCUGAGCUCCUGUCCCCAGAGCCAGAGAAAGAGCGUGACUCCAGGCCUUUCCCUCGCACCGUGGUGGCUGUAGAGGUUCAGGACCUUAAGAAUGGAGCCACACAUUACUGGUCCCUUGAUAAACUCAAGCAGAGGCUGGACCAGAUGAGAGAGAUGUAUGAUCGUGCUGGCGAAAUGGCCUCCACACACCAGGAGGACUGCGAGGGCACUCUGACAGGAAAUGACCCCUUCUAUGAUCGUUUCCACUGGUUCAAACUAGUGGGGAGCUCCCCCAUCUUCCACGGUUGCGUUAAUGAGCGCCUGGCAGACCGCACGCCCUCACCCACCUUUUCCACCACUGACUCCGAGAUUACCGAAAUGGCGGACGAGCGCCAGAGCGAGAUGUCCGACUUGAUUGACGAUGAGGCAUUCGUGGACGACACCAGCUCAGAUGCCGGCACCGAGGAGGGCUCGGACAUCUUCAGCGACGGCCAGGACCCCUUCUAUGACCGCUCCCCCUGGUUCAUCCUGGUGGGAAGAGCUUUCGUGUACCUGAGCAACCUGCUGUACCCUGUACCGCUGGUUCACCGUGUUGCCAUAGUAACAGAGAAGGGUGCGGUGCGUGGUUUCCUGCGCGUGGGGGUCCAGGCUAUAGCUGCUGACGAAGAGGCUCCAGACUACGGGUCAGGAGUUAGGCAGUCAGGAACCGCCAAGAUUUCUUUUGAUGAUGAAUACUUCAAAAAGAAUGACUUUCCCUCCACGGUUAUGACCCGCUCUGGCUUGUCCCUGGAAGAGUUGCGCAUUGUGGAGGGUCAGGGUCAGAGUUCAGAGGUCAUCACACCCUCAGAGGAGCUCAACAGAAUCAAUGACAUGGACCUCAAGCUGGGUAACAUCGCAGACACCAAGCUGAGUCGUGGUGAUGGUCUGGCAGGCCAGCUGGAGGUGGGCAGCAUCUUCACAUUCCGUGUUACUGUGCUUCAGGCCAGCGGCAUCCUGCCGGAGUAUGCCGACAUCUUCUGCCAAUUCAAUUUCCUGCAUCGUCAUGAUGAGGCUUUUUCCACUGAGCCUCUGAAGAACACUGGCAAAGGAGCUCCUCUGGGCUUUUACCACGUCCAGAAUAUUUCAGUAGAGGUCACAGAAUCCUUUAUUGAGUACAUCAAGACCAAGCCCAUUGUGUUUGAAGUGUUUGGCCAUUACCAGCAGCACCCACUGCAUCUUCAUGGCCAGGACCUGAUCAGUCCUCCGACACCGUCAAGAAAGUAUUAUCCUAUUCCCAUGCCUCUUUCUAAACCAGUUCCAGCCACCAAGUUGAACACCAUCACCAAGUCCAACCUGGGUCAGUGUGUCAGCAAGUACGAUCUGCUGGUCUGGUUUGAGAUCAGCGAGCUUGAGCCCACUGGAGAGUACAUCCCAGCUGUAGUGGAUCACAGUGGAGGACUGCCCUGCCAUGGCACCUACCUACUGCACCAGGGGAUCCAGCGGCGGAUCACAGUGACUCUCAUCCAUGAGAAGGGUAGCGAGCUCCACUGGAAGGAUGUCCGAGAGCUGGUCGUAGGUCGCAUCAGGAACAAAGCUGAGGUGGAUGAUAGCGCUGCAGACGCUGUCCUGUCCCUCAACAUCAUUUCUGCCAAAAACAUCAAGUCAUCACACAACUCCAACAGGACUUUCUACCGCUUCGAGGCAGUGUGGGACAGCUCCCUGCACAACUCCCUCCUCCUGAACCGAGUGACUCCUUAUGGAGAGAAGAUCUACAUGACCCUGUCUGCGUAUCUGGAGCUUGACCACUGCAUCCAGCCUGCUAUUAUAACCAAAGACAUCUGCAUGGUCUUCUACUCCAGAGAUGCAAAGAUCUCCCCUCCCCGUUCCCUCAGGAACCUCUUUGGGAGCGGUUACUCCAAAACUCCUGACUGUAACCGAGUCACUGGCAUCUACGAGCUGAGCUUGUGCAAGAUGUCCGACACUGGAAGCCCAGGAAUGCAGAGGAGGAGGAGGAAGGUCUUGGACACGUCAGUGGCUUAUGUGCGUGGAGAGGAGAACCUGGCCGGCUGGAGGCCCAGAGGAGACAGUCUCAUUUUGGAGCACCAAUGGGAGCUGGAGAAAAUGGAGCAGCUGCAUGAGGUGGAGAAGACCCGUCACCUGCUCCUGCUGAGGGAGAAGCUGGGAGAGGCGACUCCUGUGGGAACAGCUCCCACCACCAAGUCCCUGAGCGAGUCGCUGUCCCCGAGCAUGAGUUCCGGCACCCUGUCCACCUCCACCUCCAUCUCCUCGCAGAUCUCGAGCACCACCUUCGAAAGCGCCAUCACGCCCAGCGAGAGCAGUGGCUACGACUCCACCGACAUCGAGAGCCUGGUGGAUCGUGAGAAGGAGCUGGCCACUAAGUGCCUGCGCCUCAUGACACACACCUUCAACAGUGAAUACAACCAGGUGGUCAACAGUAUCAGUGACUGCAAGCUGUCUGACAUCUCACCCAUCGGACGCGAUCCAUCAGUGACCAGCUUCAGCAGUGCCACCCUCACCCCCUCCUCCACCUGUCCCUCUCUGUCCGACUCCCGCUGUGGCUCCAUAGACCAGAAGACCCCAGAGAACAGCUCCCGUGCCUCCAGUCCUUCCUGCUCAGACUACGAAAACUUCCCAAUGGUUCCCACUCUGGAGACCUCCUACCUGGCACGGGCCGGAAAGAACGAGUUCCUCAACUUGGUGCCUGAUAUUGAAGAAAUGAGGCCGGGCUCUGUUGUGUCCAAGAAGGGUUUCCUAAGCUUCAUGGAGCCGCGCUCCAACUCGUGGGUGAAGCACUUUGUGGUUGUGCGCCGACCCUACGUCUUCAUCUACAACAGCGACAAGGACCCGGUGGAGCGGGGUGUCCUCAACCUCUCAACAGCGCAGGUGGAAUACAGUGAAGACCAACAGGCCAUGCUCAAGACUCCCAACACAUUCGCUGUGUGCACAAAACAUCGAGGAAUCCUGCUGCAGGCCAACAACGAGAAAGACAUGAACGACUGGCUGUACGCAUUUAAUCCUCUGCUGGCAGGAACGAUAAGAUCUAAGCUGGCAAGGAGGCGCAGCGGCCUGAUGAAGAAUUGAGUGAGUCGACUGGCACACAGGAAACCACGGCUUCCAUUCUCUCUGAAAAGCCUUUGAACAAGUGAACAAGUGUUAACACUUAUUAAUCAUUGUGAUUCUUGACGGUUUUCUCUUGUAAGUAGACUUGUGGCUUAAGUCUCCUUUCAUGCGACUAAAAGUUUCAGUUCUGGAGAAAUUUGCCUCCCCGCCCCCUCUCCCUCCAAACGACCCUCCGCCAACUUAGCUUUCCUCCUCUCUCUAUUCCCCUCCCCCCACCUCCUCCUCAGCUUUUUGUGUUUUUGUUUUUUAUGACAAUGUUUGGGUCUGAUUUUGUUCCGCUUCGUUGUCAUUCCCUAACUCCCCUAACUAGUAGCAUGUUGUAAUAGUCUACUUGUGUGUGCACGAUUCUUCAGAAACUGUUCUUUCUGGCCACUAAUUUUCAGUUUGCCAAUCAUCUGUACAAAUUGUCUCUAUCAGUGUUAUCUGUCUCCAGAGAAGAGUUUUAUUUUUGUUGUGUUUUCUUUUUUUAAAUAUUAUUAAUAUGCCCGCAUGAUAACUGCAGCAGUCCUCAGGAGAAGACCAGGUUUGCUUAUUAAAAAAAAAAAAAAAAUCAGAUAAACUACAGUUGAAACCAUGAAGGGAAAAUAUACAAAUAUCACCAAAUGACCAGUUCAGUUUACGCUCUGCUACAGAAGACAGGGCUAUUUUAAGAACUAUUGCUGCUAAUGAAUUCAUAGGUUUUUUUUUUUCCUCUUUAUGAGAUCUGCAUCAGGCCUCUUCCUAAAGUAGAUUCUAGCUCCCCUCCCUCUUCCCCAUCCUUUCUCCCUAAAACAGCCUUCAGAAUCAAAAAUGUGAAAAAUUAGUCAAGGUCCCAACUCAGUGGAGACACAAAGAGCAGCACUGGAUAUUCACGGUCAUCCAUGUUAUAACUUAGAUCCUUAGACCCCACUCCUCAAGUUUGUGUACAUACACCAACUCCAAACGGCCCCCCGGCCCUCACCCCCAACCCCUCGAUAGUGCCGUCAAGUCAGUCAGUGAGUAAUUACUUACAAUCAUGCAUUUGUGUCAACAUCAAAAAAUACACGCUAACUGAAGAAACAUGCAAAAAUACACGAGGAUUAAUUCAUAUGUCAGCAAUGAAAACGUGACGAUGGAUGUUCAAGCAGGAGUAAGAUAUUUGUCCCUGUCCUUUUUUUGCUAUUCCAUCUCAAGAAAAAAACAACAAAAAAAACAACAGGGUUUCAGGGAGAUAAUGAUGAGGAGUAAGAAGAGGAAGAAGAUGGACAGUACUCAGAAGAGAGAAUAUCAUUUUGUACAUACAGUGUGUUCCGGGAUCAGUGUGAUAGUAAACUCUCAUUUAAGACAUUCCUCACAGCUCCUCGAGCUCUCAGCAGCUUUUCUUACACUAACAUGUUGAGCCUCAGACCUCAAGAGCGUCUCAACAUUCGCUAGUAUUUUAUUUAAACCAUGACGAACACGUGAUACUUUAGACGAAACAAAAUGGGAGGAAAAAGUCAGAAGGAGAAUGAAGUUGCUUUAGCCUUGACGCCAGUAGUUAAUCGAUGAAGCUGCUAGCACAUAGCCUGCAGGACAGAUAGUGAUAUGGUCUACAUGACUCCCCAUCGCUGUCACACCAGUGUUGGGUUGAAACCUCUGUAAAGUGAAGUACUUACUGUUCAGAAGCACCACAGCUCACCAUGUGUUCAUUUUCUACUUGUGUUCUUGAAUUGAAACCUCUUAACUCAUCUAAUUUUCACUGGUUUGACUUUGUGUUUCCUUUUUUUUUAAUUAUUAUCAUCAUUAACAUUGUUGAUUUUUUUUUUUCUAUUAUGCUUUUAAUCAUUCCAUAGUGGUGUUUUAUAUGAAAUGUAACAGAGGGCAUUUAUUUCUUCUUAAUUUGUAACCAACGAUAUUGGUGUUUAACCUUAUUUUGCACAUUAACACAUAUCUAUAGCAAAGACGAGAGCAGAUCACGCAUGUUCAGUCCAGGGUUACUUCUGAGUAUCAGGAACACUGAUAAGAGCACAUAUCAAGGUUACACUGGAUAGCUGUUCUCCAAAGGGUUUACUAGAAAGAAAGACGUGAUGUCAAAGGGACGACAUAUACUCAAAGGUUUUAUUUCUGAUAUUGUUUAUGAAAAUAUUUGCUCUGUACAUCUUAGUACAGCUGAUGGGAUAUUAAGACAUUUUGGUACCUCUGUCUCUAGAGGUAGUAGAACAGUGAGUACAGAUUGGCACUAAUAAACUCUGGCCAACCAACCAGUAGUGUGCCUUCUGUAACAUAUGAAAGGAACAUUAAGGUUAAAAUGUGUUGAAACAGAGGUACCCAUCACCUGUUACAAGUUUUUAGUGGGAUUACUGAUCACAAAUCUUCGUCAUCUGCUGAUAUAAAGACAGAAACUUUCACCUCAGAGGUUAAAAACAAGUGAAAUCUGCCCUCAGGUCAGCCAGCCUGCUGGUCAGAGAAACAAAAAACUGUUGGAACUGGUUCUAAGUUUCUGUCAAGGAACCCUCACAUGAAAAACAACCUUCUAUGCACUGAUUAAGGCUCAAAGUGCAAUGUACCUCACAUUAACCUCAGCCUACUCAACAUGUGUGAGAUACAUGUUGAUACAAAUACAUGUCAGAGCAAACAUUUUCACUUCAGUAACUGAUUUGCAGAGUUAUAUAUUAUUUUGGGAUUGUGUAUUUAUUGUUUGCAAUGUAUAUAUUAGUUUGCAGCUCUUUGCACAUAUUAAUAAAAGGUUCAACUAACUGAUUAAAAUUAAGUCUGUGCGGUUUAGUUGUUCUACUCAGAAUGAACCAAAUGAUGGUGUGGCAGCCUCCUCCAGCCUGAACUGGGAGAGAGUUGAAUGUACUAUGAAGAUGUGUGUUGUUCCAUCAUUAAAAAAAAAAAGAGAACUAAAAUGUAACCUACAGCGUCUUUACAGGGGAGGUGAGUUACAUUAGUGCUUCCUCUUUAUUAGAAAGUAGUUUGAGUGCUUUUGAUUUGAGGAAUAUUUACUCACUACUCAUGCUAGCCAGCCAUCUGAAUUCUAACAAAAUAAAGAUGGUUUUUAACUCAUUUUAUUUUUUCUAAUAUCAGGGAAUAUAAUACAAAAGUAGCUAGUGACAUCUAAAAUGACAGAUUUACUAUUGUUUGUGCUGGUGUCUUUCUUCACCUCAACACUUUAAUUUCCGUUGAUGCCUUUCGAACAAAACUAGCCAUGAUAUUUUCCAUUUUCCCUUCUGACAAUUAAUAUCAGUUUAAACUACAUUCCCUUUGGAUUUGUUCAGCUCAAGAUGAAAAAAUAAAGACGACACACCAUGACAUUAACACUGUACAUUAUUUGUCAGACUGGUUUCAUUUUCAUACUUAUUUUGUAAAUAUCUGUGUUGUAUGGAGCUUGAAUUAAAAUGUAAAUAUGUUUACUGUAUUUGUAAUAAUUAUAAUCCAUUCGCUGUAUAGCAUAGAUGUGUCAUGCAGAUAUCCUAAUUCUGUGUAUGGUAAUCUUGCACCAUUGAACUGUUUAGUGAAUGAGGCAACAAUAAAAGUGCAAACUGUGCAUUAGCAGAACAA